AUGAAAUGGAACCCUGAUAAGAAUUAUAUAAAUAAGCAUGAUGUUGUGUCUAAUCUCCAAGAUGAUAAUCAAAGUUACCAGGAUUCAAAUUGCUCAAAACAAGAAGAAAAAUGGAACAGUUCAACAACUCCAAGAAAAAAAGGUAAUUUUGUUCAUAAACGUAGCGUGGAUGAUAAUUUCUUCAUACGGUCCCCUUCACUGCUCUCAAGAACAAGCACUAGAAGAAGUCACACCCCAACACCACGCUUACAUAGGAAUAAUAGUCGAUCAGGGAGGAUAAUAGAUUCCUUAAAACGAAGUACAACCAGAACGACAGUAACUAGCCCAGUAUCCACAAAAACUUCAAAUGAUUCAUUAAGAAAAUUGAUGAGUCCAAAUAGCAAGGAUACCCCUAUUGCUGGUAACAACUUAUCAAGAAGUACAAGUCGUAGGAGCACAACUCCAAUUAUAUUUUCUCAAUCAACAAGAAGAAGAAAACCACAACAUGUUGAGAAAAAGCUUGAGUGCUCAUUAGAAGAACUUUGCUUUGGUGCUAUUAGGAAAAUAAAGAUAACCAGAGAUGUUAUUUCAGAUGUCGGGAUAAUUGUUGAAGAAGAGGAAACUUUACAAAUCGAUGUUAAGCCAGGAUGGAAGAAAGGAACAAGCAUAACAUUUGAAGGGAAAGGCAACGAAAAACCAGGAUAUCUUCCGGCAGAUAUCGUAUUCUUAAUAGAUGAAAAACAACAUCCUUUGUUCAAAAGAGUAGGCGAUGACUUAGAGUUAGGAGUUGAAGUCCCUUUGCUUAAAGCUCUUGUUGGUUGUAGCAUCACACUACCAUUAUUAGGAGGGGGGAAAAGGGUUUUGAGAAUUGAUGAUGUAAUAUAUCCUGGGUAUGAAAAGAUCAUCAAAGAUCAAGGGAUGCCUAAAUCUAAGGAGAAUGGACAACGAGGUGACCUACGACUCAAAUUCAUUGUUGAUUUUCCUAAGGAACUAAGUGAUGACAAGUGUUCAAAGAUUUGUAAUAUCUUACAAAGUUGCUAUUAA